UGGAUACGGCAACAGCUGUUCAAUCUGCAGCGAACGUCGGACGAGAGUGCGUCGUGCGCGAGUUUUGUUAUUGUGGAAAUGCCGCUGAAAAAUCUUUGUCUACACAACGAAUGCCAAAGUGUUUGAUUCAACGCGCACGAUAAUCUUGGAGCCGAGGAAACGACGAAAAAUCAAUAGCCACCAGUGGAGGAGCAGCUGCUAGGACAAGAUGGUCUUCGAGUCGGUGGUGGCCGAUGUCCUGAACAAGGUCCUGGGCGACUACAUCGAGAAUUUGGAUCACAAGCAGCUGAAAAUUGGAAUAUGGGGCGGCGAUGUGGUCUUGGAGAACCUCAAGAUACGGGAGAAUGCCCUGGACGAAAUGGAUCUCCCCGUGCAGCUUAUCUACGGCUACCUGGGGAAACUGGUGCUUAAGAUCCCCUGGAAGAAUCUUUAUAGCCAACCGGUGAUUGUCAAGAUCGAGGAUCUUUACUGCCUGGUCCAGCCCAACAACAAUGUCGAAUACAAUGCCGAAAAGGAGGCCAAGUACGAAAUGGAUGCAAAAAAAAUCGCCUUGGACGCUCUGGAAGCUGCCCGCAAAAAGGAGCUUGAGAAGGAUAAACCCAAGCCCGACGCUGGAUUCGCCGAAAAGCUCACAGCGCAGAUUGUGAACAACCUGCAGGUGCAGAUUACCAACGUCCAUGUCCGAUACGAGGACACCACUACCACGGGUAGUCCCUUCUCUUUCGGUAUAUCUCUGCACGAGCUGGAGCUCUACACCACCGAUGCCGAUUGGGAGAAGUGCUACAUGUCCCAGCAAGCGUCACAGGUCUUCAAAAUAGCGAAUCUCUCCUGCCUGUCCGCCUACCUCAACUGUGGCGGCAAUCUGUUUAGCAGCAAUAAGUCAGAACUAACACCUCAGUUUCAAACCAAUAUUGCUCGGAAAGAUGCCAAGCCCUCGAACUAUCAGUAUGUUCUGGGUCCCAUUUCUUGCAAUGCCAAGCUGAAGCUGAACAUGAACCCUGAAUUGGAUGAUCCACCUUUUGAGAGGCCGAAGAUUGAUCUCACUUUGGAGAUGGAGACCCUGAAUGUGGGUCUAACCGAUACACAGUUCGAGAACCUAUUGAAACUGGGAGAUGCUAUGAACCGGCAGCAAUUGGGUCUUCCUUAUCGCAAAUAUCGUCCGCAUAAUAUACCCUACAAGGGUCAUGCAAAAGAGUGGUGGAAGUUUGCCAUCACUUGUGUUCUUGAGGAGGACAUACGAAAGCCUCGACAGGCCUGGACCUGGGCCCAUAUGAAGGCGCACCGCGAUCGCUGUCACACAUACGCCACGAAAUACAAGGAGCUGUCUUUGAAUAAGAAACCUCCAGCAGUGUUGGUAGAAACCUGUCGCCUGCUGGAAACGGAACUAGACGUCAUGAAUCUGCUUAUGAUUAGGCAGCGGGUCAACAUCGAAAUUGAAAAGAACCGAGAGGCUGAGCCGGUACAGAAGGCCGGUUGGUUCGGUGGAUGGUUCGGAGGCGGCGAAAAGAAAGAGGAAAAGACCGAGGGCCAGAAGUUAGUGGAAAAGUUCGAGGCAGCCAUGACCAGCGAAGAAAAAGAAAAAAUGUACAAUGCAAUAGGCUACCAAGAGAAUGCCAAGCCCACGGACCUACCAGUAGAAUAUGUGGCCAUCCUGAUGAACUUUAAACUUGUUGCCUUGGAAGUAGGCCUGUACAAAGACGAAAGCAUGGGACUCAAGUCGCAUGACUUUGCGUCUCUGCCAUCCAUACUCCUGCUCAAGUUUUCCAUGGCCACAGCGGCCGUCAGGCAGCGGCCGGCUGGCGAUGCCAUUAGCAUCACAGCUGGCAUGAAGGAACUAAAAGUGACGGGCCUCAAGCAAAAUGAUUAUACGCCGCUGCUGGUGGAGUCAAAGAUCACCGAUGAGUUCAAUCUGCUCGAUGUUUUCUUCGAAACGAAUCCGAUUGACAAAAUAUGCGACCAGCGGGUAAAGGUGUUGGCGAGGCCAUUGCAGAUCAUCUACGAUGCACCCACGGUCUUGGCACUGAUAAGUACCUUCAAGGCGCCAGGGGACGUGACCUUGUCAAAGUUCGAAGAGUCGGCUAGCCUUCAGAUGUCCAACUUCAAGGAGCGCUCGGCCACCGGCAUGCAAUACUUGAUUGACAAAAAGCCUGUUCUCGAUGCGGACAUUCUGCUGAUGCCGAAUAUCCUCAUAAUGCCGCACAAGGGCACCUAUGUGGAGAAUCAGUCGCCGCUGCUAGUAGUGAGCAUGGGCCAGGUGCAUAUUUCGAGCACUCCGCGUCGACACUCGGCGAGUGUUCAGAAUCUGUUCCACUCGAAAGAGAAUAAGGAUGACAUUCUUAAGGCGGUGAUGGAUAACGCCUACGAUAAGUUCACAGUGAAGUUGGACGACAUUCAGGUGCUGGUGGUAAGAUCCAUGGAGCCGUGGCAAACGGCUUUGAAGGCUGCCCGGCCCACAGAAAUGCACGUGCUGCGCCCCGUCUCGCUGAAAUUAACUGCGGCCCUCUGCGUCAUGGACAACGAUCCCCGAAUGCCCAAGGUCAAGGUAGACAUCGAAGUGCCCUCAAUUAUGUUCAACAUAUCGGAGGAUCGCGUGAUUCUGGCUCUCAGGGUGGCGCUCAGCAUUCCGUUGCCGAAUCAAGAUGCUCCACCUCCUCGGGAGUCAUUGCUUUCGACGCGCAGCUCUCGCAGCUCCAUGGUUUCCAUCUCAAACUUCAUCAACAAGGAGGUGAAAAAAAUAUCCUCCACGCAGGAAAGCAAAAACGAACCCUUAUCGGGCGAAAUCGUGCAGUACACCAACUUGGAGGUGAACUUCUCCCUAGGAAACAUUUCCUUUGGCCUGUUUCAAGGUAUUCGAAGCGAAUUCUCCUCCACGGUUUCCGUGGAAUAUCUCACCCCGGAGGGUGACCGAAUGCCGGUUCCUGUGGUUCCUGACGCCGUGGAACCUACUCAAGAGCCGGUGCGCGACUUACCACCUCAUCAGAUUCUUUCCGUCGAAGUGCGCCGUUUGGAGGCCUAUUUUGCUGCCCGGACCUACGAGUCUGUAGCUACGGUCAAGUUGGGUGGCAUCAGUCUUUGUCAGUACGAUACCCAGGAGGAGAACAUGGAGGUGCUGGAAGUGAUUAACACGCCCGAUCAAGACGAUAACUCCAAUUACUUGUUCACGGUAUCAUGCACGAUAGCGGAUAAGACAUCCCCGGAGUUCAACACGAAGUACAAUUCCACGGAACAACUGAUCGUGGCCAAUUUCAAGGUGCUGCGCGUGGUGCUGCACCAGGAGUGCUUAAAACGGCUACUGGAGGUUGCGGGAACCUUCCAAAAUGAGCUGGCGGCAAUAAUGAUGAUGAACAAGACGCAGCUGGACCGGGUUAGUUAUGCCGGAGGCGGCGAUGGCAUUGCGAGGAAGCUAACAGUGAUCCUGGAGGACACUGAGGAUAUACUGUCCACCACCGAGAUGAAAAAGCACAAGAAGACGGCCAGGCAUCGCGUUGUUGAGAGUGUAAAGAUUCGCAUCAUAGCUAAUCUUGAUGAGCUGGGAUUAAUACUCACGAGCCGUAGACGACCGCUGGCAGAGAUGAAUGUGAAGAAAUUCGUAGCUAAUGUUAUUUUGAAGUCCUCCUACACGGAGGUCAACAUGGGUCUAAAGGACAUACAAGUGAUCGACAUGAAUCCCCACACUAUUCAUAAAAACAUUCUGAGUAUUGUGGGCAAGGAUGCCUUCAAUUGCCAACUGGUAAUGUACAACAAAGAGGAGACUAGCGACUACAAUUCCGAUGACAUGAAAAUUACAGUGGACAUUGGCUGUAUGAAGAUAGUGUUCCUUAACUGGUUCGUGGCCGGAGUGAUGAGCUUCCUGAAUGAGUUCCAGGAAGCCCAGAAGGCCUUGUCCGAUGCCAGUGCAGCCGCGGCGGAAACCGCUCGCCAAAAGGCAUUGGAUGCCUAUGAAACGGCCACUCGUCUCAACCUUAAUAUCCGCAUCAAGGCACCUGUCAUCGUGAUACCCACUUGCUCGGUUUCCAGCGAUGCACUCUGCUUAGAUUUGGGUCUGCUGGAGAUCACGAAUAACACGGCAGAGAUUACUGUGCCCAACGAGGAGCGCCUGGCAGUUAUCGAUGAGAUCAAGCUACAAAUAUGCGAUGUAAAGAUAUCCAAGAUUGUUAUUCUGGAUGGCCAUGAGACAUCAGUAGAUGACGUCGAUGCUGCUUUUGGCUUCUCGUCGAAGUUCAAUAUGAUGAAUCCGAUGAGUUGCACUGUCUUGGUUACUCGCAACUUAUCGUACGGCUGGUACAAAGAUGUUCCCGAGGUUAACUUGGCCGGUCGUCUAAAGUCCGUGGAGCUCACUCUCUUUGCUGAUGAUUAUGCCCUGGUCAUUUCGGUUAUGAAUAACAACCUUAGCGAGGGCUUGGCAGAAUUUCCUCCCCCUGAAGAAAUUCCGCCAGAGCCAAUAAAACUUUCUUCCGAAAGGCCAUCAAAGGCCUCUAGGCCUUCGCGCAUUGUUGUGCAACCAAAGGCACAAAAAGUACAUGAAUCACUCAAGUUCAACUUCCAAUUCGACGGUGUAAUCAUAAACUUGAUGGAGGAUGAGGACAAAGGACUGGCUCGCUUUGGAAUAUACUUCCUGUCCAUCAAGGGCACAAAAUUAGACAACGACACGAUGAGCACUUCGGUGGUUCUGUGCAACAUCCAAAUGGACGAUACACGACAGGAUACAAAAAGCAAAAUUCGACAGUACCUGAGCCGCAAGGAUUGGGUAGAGCCUAAGCUGAAAACAGAAGACAUCAUUGACGCCUGCUAUAACGAGCUCAACUACAUGGUCGAUGUGACGGCCAUAACCAAACCAAAUGACACCUUUGCUGAGGUUCGUGUUCGCGGGUUCGAUAUGAUUGUCUGCAUCGAUUUCUUGAUGAAGUUGACCACAUUCCUUGCUUUGCCGGCGCAAACUCCACCUGUUCGGGUAUCCGGAGACCCCGAAAUACGCGGAUCACAAGUUUUUGAAGCACGUGAUACUAAAACCACGCUUCGAUCGUCCACAAUGUCGAAUGAAGAAAAAUUGGAAAAGAGCGCAGCGCCCGUCAAUACAAAAAUGAACCUCAUACUGCACAUCGACGAGCCGGACAUUAUUCUGGUGGAGAACCUAGAUGAUCUGAACACCAGCUGUAUUAUAUUCAAUGCUAAAGCUCACCUUAAUUAUCGUAGUCUGAACGAUAAACAGCUUGUGAACGGACAAAUCGAUAGCCUCAAGAUGUACAUGUGUGCCUUUCUGCCAGAGCGACGGGAGUCUACCCGCCACUAUAUCCUGCAUCCAUGUGAGAUCAGUCUGCAGGGCUCCACCCCCGAGGAGGAGGGCAUGCACAUCAGUCUCAAGUUGAGUGACAUUAUUGUCAACGUUUCCCCCGCCACCAUUGAAUUGCUUAACAAGGCGAUGUUAUCCAUCUCCACCGGCACUAUGGCCAAGGCUGCCAUUGUCGAGGAGUCCAAGAACUACUCCAACAUUUGGCUGCCACGACACUUGCACAGUCGCAACUAUUGGUUUACUCGAGUGGAGCAGGCCGAAGAAGCCGUCGAAGAUGAACUAAUGGAGAGCCCCAGUACAGUCGCUGCCCAAGGGAAAACGGAAAAGUGUGUGAUAGAGGUGCCCAGCAUAACACUAGUGAUCGAGUCCGGCGUCGGAUAUUACACUCGGCCACUCAUAUCUAUGGAUGUCCGCAUCACAGCUGUCUUUAACAACUGGAGCCGCAACCUCACUGCCCAGGGCUCGUUGACCCUUAAUAUGAACUAUUAUAACCAGACCUUAGCCGAAUGGGAGCCGAUUAUAGAACUGAACGAGAUCGAUAACAAAGGCGUUCAGGAAUACUCGCCGUGGGAGCUAAAGUUCAAUAUGGGCAUGGAAACGGUUCCGAGCGAAGUGGAGGGAGACGAACCGCAGCAAGCUCUACAUAUGAACAUUCAUUCAGAUGAGACGCUAGAAAUCACGCUGAGCAAAACGUGCCUUGGUCUACUAAGCGAGCUCGGAGAGGCCUUCUCGCAGGCCAUUGACCAGAAGGGUCUUGUCAAGCCCGAAGUCGUGGCACCCUUCGUUCUAGAGAAUGACACAGGCUUUGAGGUUACUCUCAACGUAACUAAGGGAAUCUAUACUCUGCAUGAAGUACAUCGCGGUGUGCCUUCGGCCAACGGUAGAACUUUUUCCGUAACAACCGAAACCACUGAAAUCGAUCCUGUUGCAAUUACGACAUGUACCAUUUCAUCGGGAGGCAGAGCCUAUCUACAAACCAAGGACUUUAGCUUACUAGAUCCCGAGCAAGCCAACGACCAGUCGCUAUAUGUGCAGAUUGGCGACAUCAAGAAGGAGAUAGCCCUGCCGGUUGCGAAGUCGGAUACACGGUACUUCGAACUGUUCCGCAGUCCUGAUAGCGAACCAUGGGGCAUUGUGUCGAAGGUGCGGGAGGAGUACGGCACCACAAAAAUUAACAUUCACGGUGUUGUCAGUAUUCACAAUCACUUCACCACCAACGUGUGUGUCUAUCGACGCAACUUGCAUCCAACGAAGCAAAAUUUCGAAGACAUAUUGGUGGGUCGCAUUCCUGCUGGCGGUUUGUUCCAUGUGCCGCUGCACGCUAUUUAUGGGGAAAAUAAGGACCUUUACUUUGCCAUGAAGGGCUACCGGCCAUCGGUUCAGGGUAUCUCCUGGGCUGCCCAUCCAUCCGACACGUGCUACAACCACCAGCUGUCCUGCGAUCCCAUAUCCUCGUUUGAGCCACUCUUCAUCAACGCAAGGCGCACCAAAACGGAGAUAUACUAUGAGCAUACCAAUAAGUACACCAUCCUUAGCGCCUUCUACACUAUUCACCUGCGACCGCCGCUUUACCUCCGCAAUUGCUUGCCCAUCGACAUCAAGGUGUCGGUGGCAGGAUGCGCGGUUCGGAAUGAUGGGCUCGAAGAAGACUCAUCCAUUGCAUUGAUGGGCAACUCCUACCAGAAGGAAGACUUGUUGGAUUAUGGCGAAAAGGAGGUCAGAUCCGGCGAUGUGCUACUUCUACCCACUGUUCGUUUGGUGGAAAAGGGCAAUGACCGUAGAACCUUUUUGGUUGUUCGGCUACUUCAAUACCUGGAGAAGGAUUGGUCUUGUGCAACAGCAAUAUCGAGUGAAACUGGCGAAGUCUCCCCUUGGCAAUUCUCUUCAUACGAUUCUGAAAUGCGAGUGGACAUGGAUCUCUAUGUUAUGUCAGAGGAUCGAAAUGGCAGUGUAAUGCUUACACUCUACAGCCCCUUCUGGAUGAUAAACAAGACGGGCAAGAUGCUGACGUACAGGACAGAAACGAGCUCGAUGCAGAUGCUCUACCACCCGCCAGAAUACUCCGGACCCAUUCUGUUUACUUUCCGAGAUAAUUCCUUCUUUGAUAAAAAGAAGGCCUCCAUUCGCUGCGACAAUGGCGAAUGGAGCGAGAAAAUUCCUCUGGACGUGGCCGGAGCGAUCGGCGAGGUCACCUGCGAAGCCAACAGUCAGAAAUAUCACAUUGGUGUUCACAAUCACAUGACGCAGAACUCUCUGACCAAGCAGAUCACCUUUAUACCGUUCUACAUUGUUUGCAACAAGUGCCGCUUCACAGUGGAAUUGCAGGAACAAAGCCGUCCUGGCGAUCCCUGGCUGGCUCUAACGCCGGGCCAGUUUGAGCCGCUCUGGCCCAAAAACGAAACUAAAAACAAUCUGGUGGUUCGUGUUGAGGGCAAGGUGACCCCUGCCUUUGACUACAAGGAGGUGAUCUGCACUCUGCUGAAGCUGGAGAACAGCAAAUAUGGAGGAAUCAAUGUAGAUGUCCAGACGACGGAGGGUGGUGUCUACAUCACCUUUACGGAUUACAAACCGGGCGAUGCUCCCGGCCUGCUGAUAAAUCACACUGGGCGACAGGUAGUAUACUACGAGAAGGGCACAAGGAACGAAAAGAUUCUGAACGCCAAGAGCACUACCAUGUAUGCCUGGGACGAUCCGACAGGUCCCAAGAUGCUUGUCUUUGGCAACAGCAAGGAAGAAACCGACCUAAAACGCGACGGCUUUGGUGAAUUUACGAUGCAAGACGGUCACAAGGCCAAGUGGGUAUCAUUCCUGGACGGCUUGCAGCGUGUGCUGCUGUUCGCCGACGAUGAAUCGAUUGUCAAGCGCACUGAGACCACCGGUUCAUUCCAAGUCGUAACCCAGAGCAUCGAUGUGCGAAUCCACGGCAUUGGUCUGUCUGUGGUUAACAACGAGACUGGCUUAGAUAUUCUUUAUCUGGGCGUCACCAGUUCGGGGAUUAUAUGGGAGUCCAAGAAGGCUACCAAGAAGCGCUACAAGGAGAUGACCAUCAAUGACAACGCCCUUUUGGAGGCCGAAUACCAGCGCUAUCUGCUCAACAGGAGCGUCAAUGAAGUGCAAAGUUACACUCUGGACAACAAAUUCCCUAUUGACUUUGAGGCUAUGCAACUCAAGAAGUCAAUUGUCCGGGAUCUAAGGCGCAGCUUCUAUCCGGCCAUUUGGUUGGCCCGCAAAUCGUCGCCUCACCAGAACCAAUUGCAUGUGAAGAUCAACCGCAUUCAAAUCGAUAAUCAGUUCGUAGACCCCAUAUUCCCCGUCGUCCUGGCGCCCAUACCUCCGCCAAAGAGUGUGGCCAACACCUGCACCCUAAAACCAUUCAUCGAGUGCAGCAUGGUUCAACGAAUCAUGCCCAACUCGCAGGUGCGGCAGUUCAAGUACGCCAAGCUCCUGAUACAGGAGUUCCACUUCAAAGUCGAUCUUAACUUCUUGACGGCCAUCUCUGAGAUGUUCGUCAAGGAGGUGACUGACGAUGUGAAAGCUAAACAGUUCCGCCAGGAUGUGGAGUCGAUCCAGAUGCCAUUGUCCGUUAUUUUCGAAGAGCACUCGAUGGAGGAGCAAAAGAGCUUCUACGACAACCUUCAUUUGGGUCCACUUAAGAUACAUGUCAGCUUCUCAAUGGCAAACUCGGACACGAAAGCUCUUCCCGGAGUCCUGGGCACGGUGGUUCAGGGUGUCGGUGUGACCCUUACCGAUGUCAACGACGUGGUCUUCAGGCUGGCCUUCUUCGAGCGCGAGUACCAGUUCUUCUCGCAACACCAGCUCAUCAAUGAAAUCACCUCGCAUUACACGGGCCAGGCGCUGAAACAGCUCUACGUGCUUGUCCUUGGUCUGGAUGUCCUGGGAAAUCCCUAUGGCUUGGUGGUGGGGCUCAAGAAGGGCGUAGAGGACUUGUUUUACGAACCUUUCCAAGGGGCAAUUCAGGGACCCGGAGAAUUUGCCGAAGGCUUGGUGUUGGGUGUGAAGUCAUUGUUUGGUCACACGGUGGGCGGUGCUGCAGGAGCCAUGUCCAAGAUCACUGGGGCCAUGGGCAAGGGUCUGGCUGCGUUGACCUUUGACGAGGAAUACCAGAGGAAAAGACGCCAGGGAAUUCAUAAUAAACCCAAGAACUUCCAUGAGGGAUUGGCUCGCAGCAGCAAGGGCCUUGUUAUGGGUUUCUAUGAUGGCGUCACUGGCGUUGUAACCAAGCCCGUGUCUGGAGCCCGCGAACACGGCGUUGAAGGCUUUUUCAAGGGCCUGGGCAAAGGAGCCAUUGGCCUUGUAGCUCGCCCCACCGCUGGCGUGGUUGACUUCGCCAGUGGCAGCUUCGACGCAGUAAAACGAGCGGCGGAGGCCAGCGAGGAUGUAAAACGGAUGCGUCCACCACGUUUCCAGCAUUAUGACUUUGUGCUGCGUCCUUACUGCUACAUGGAGGCCUUUGGCAAUAAGAUUUUAAAGGAAACCGACAAAGGAAAGUUCUCCAAUACAGACAGCUUCCUACACUGUGAGGAGAUUAUCCCGAAAAAUGAGUAUAUGAUCGUUACCAACUAUCGACUGCUCUAUGUGCAGCGCAAUGAAAUGUUUGGCAUUUGGACGUCGCUUUGGUCUUACCUUUGGAAUGAGAUUAGUGCCGUGGAAAGCACCCCUCGCGGUGUUCAAAUCACUGUCAAACAGGAUGGCAAGAAGGUACUCGGCCUAUUUUCCACUAAGGAAUCACCUCGCAAGCUGGUCCUUCUCGGCGAUGAACGGAGGCGACGUCACUUCGUGGAUAAAAUUGAAUCUCAGCGCAAUGACCCGAAUCCAAUGCGAACCACCGUCUCUUAUCCCGUGGAUACGGACUAGUACCCCUGAAUUUAACUCCCAACUGUAUUAUAAUCCACUUUUGCACCUUUCCACACGGCACCACCACCACCAGAAGCAACGACAUUGAAAUCUACCUCGACCUUAAGGAUUCUGUCUGUCCCAGCAACAUGCACCCUGCAUCCUCCACUUCACAUGUCGUUAUUUUACGAAUGCUAACAACCAUUGUUUUGAUAUUAAAAUUUUAUGUCAAAGUUGA